UUAUAAAAAAUUACAGCAAAAAAUCGCACACAACUUUAUUGCUCAACAACCCAAAAAUCUGAAAAACCCCUGGUUUAUAGUAAAUUUAAUUCUCUAUCGAAUGAUAUCAAAACCGUUUCAAACAGUUUAUUCGAUUGAAAGUUAUUAGGUCUGGAAUGAGACAACCCCUCACAUGCAUAUACUUCAACUUAAGCUUAAUUCUCAAAUUAAAAGCAGAAAAAAUUUUUUAUUAGAGAAUUCUAAGGUAGAAUUUAUGACAAAUUUAAUUCUCUAUCGAAUGAUACCAAAACUGUUUCAAGAAAUUUAUCCAAUCAAAAGUUAUCGGGUCUGGAAUUAGACGACCCCUCCAACACAUUUCCCCUUGCUUAAAUAAUUCCCUUAAUUAAAAACAGAACAAAAAAAUUCUGAUUUCUGAAAAUGGUAUCAGAAACAACAUUUGAACAAAUUUCUACUUCAUCAACUUUCCUUUCUUCAAUGGCAUCACUUCUUCCGUUGUUAUUUAUUAGCGCUCUUCUUUUUACUGUUUCAAUUCCAAUAGGCUUUAUUUUACACAAAAUAAUGAGACAAGUUUAUAACAAAAGAUUUGAACAAAACAUGAAAAAACACAAUUUGUUGGGGAAAAACACAAAUGUUUUGGAAAACACGAAAAAAUACAAUUCGUUGGGGAGAAACACAAAUGUUUUGAACAAUGUUUUGGAAAACACGAAAAAACACAAGUUGUUCGGGAAAAAUACAAAUGUUUUGGAAAAACAUCAUUUGUUUGGGAGAGACAAUGUUUUGGAAAAAGAAAAACAAGAACAACUGAAAACCAAACAUCAAGAACAACAACAACGAGCACAACAAUGUUUGGAUAAACACAAGAAAAGUAUUGGAAGUUUGGAGGAAUGGAUUUAAAGAGGAAAGAAACAGCGAGAAAAAGAGAUGAAGCGCUGAACACAUAAUCCAAAAAAAUUUUUCGUCUAGAAAAUAAUAAUCUAAAAAAUUUUUUAUUAACUAGAAAAUGAAUAAAUAAAUAUAUUCU